CGUUUCGGCGUAUUGUACAUUUGUCAUUUUCUUGUCAAAGUGAGACCGUGGAUGUAGACGAUAACUCAGUACUUACUUAAUUAAAUAAUUACUUAAAAUGGCAGAAUCUGUAACAGAAAUCCCGAUAAAUUUAGAGGAUAGUGUGAAGGAGACGAUACAAAAUGUAACAGAUAAAGCACCAUCAAGUAUUGAAGGAGUAGCGAUUGCGUACUUAAGUUUGGUGAUAAUGGCUGUUUUACCCAUAUUUUUCGGAUCUUUUCGAUCAGUGAAAUACUUAAAAGAGCAAAAAGAAUCUGGUGAGCGACCUGAGACAAUGUCCAACAGGGAUGCACUUAUGUUCCCACUGGUUGCUUCAUGUGCGCUAUUUGGUCUCUAUAUUUUCUUCCAAUUCUUCUCCAAGGAGUACAUCAACCUUCUAUUAACGGGAUACUUCUUCUUCCUCGGAGUGCUGGCCCUUAGCCACCUUCUCAGCCCCAUAGUAGCCGUGAUGAUGCCAGCAUCGGUACCCAAAGUGCCGUACCACAUUCUCUUUACCCGCGGCGAUCGUGACGUCGUCAACUAUAAGUUCACGUCCUAUGACGUCAUCUGUCUGCUCAUUUCUUUCGUAUUCGGCAUCUGGUAUUUGCAUAAGAAGCACUGGAUCGCCAACAAUCUCUUCGGUAUUGCAUUUGCGAUCAACGGCGUGGAACUAUUGCAACUGAACAACGUAGUGACUGGCUGUAUCCUCCUCUCGGGGUUGUUCUUGUAUGACAUAUUCUGGGUGUUCGGAACUAAUGUGAUGGUCACUGUCGCUAAGUCCUUCGAGGCGCCUAUUAAACUGGUAUUCCCCCAAGAUCUGCUCACCAACGGUCUGAACGCAAGCAACUUUGCCAUGCUUGGCUUGGGAGAUAUUGUAGUGCCCGGCAUUUUCAUCGCUUUGUUACUUCGCUUUGACAAGAGCCUGCAGCGUAACUCCGAGUUCUAUUUCAGGGCGACGUUCGCGGCGUACGUUGUGGGUCUGCUGGCUACGAUCCUGGUGAUGCACGUGUUCAAGCACGCGCAGCCGGCGCUGCUGUACCUCGUGCCGGCCUGCCUCGGCACCCCGCUCGCGCUCGCGCUGCUCCGCGGCGACAUCAACGCGCUGUUCAAUUAUGAGGACCAGCCGGCUGUAGAGGAGAAAGCUGACGCGAGUAAAUCGAAGAAAUCGGAUUAAAAACCGGUUUAAAUUCAACCUAAGCACAAAUUUACAGCACACCAUGAUAUAGUACAUAGCGAGGGACCAGGGUUGCUCGGAUUUUGGUAUUCUUCGAAAAUUUUGAGACUGUUUAUUAUGGAAGUCGUCGGAAAAAUGUCAACUUGGUAGUAAGAAAUGUCAAACCUUGUUCGCUGCAUGUCAAGACUUGGAAUGACGGAAAGCGUUGUUCGCAUGUCGAGAUAUAUUUAAAAAAAAUGUCAUGUCAAAAUGUCUCUAUAAAAAAAAAACUAGCUGUUAAGAGGUUUAAAAAUGUUCUUUGUAUAUCUGUGUAAAGUGCGACGCUAUGUCACAGUAUACAGAUACAACCAGUAGGGAAACUUCAUACAACCUGUUCGAGAUGGCUCACGCACACAAGCAAGCGUGUCUAAGGAUAUUCUUAUAUCUGUCAAAUGUCAUAAUACCCUUAAGAUUCUCGUAAACGCACUUGCUUGUGUGCGUGAGCCAUUUCCAACAGGUUGUAUGAAGUUUCCCUACUGGUUGUAUCUGUAUAUUGUGGUUAUGUUGUGCAACUCAUUCUUAUGUGUAACUUAUUCUAUGUGAUAGAAAUAAGGAAUAAUAUUUAAUAAGGUUAUAUUAUAGCCUUCAGUUAAUUCAAAUGUGGCGCAACGUUGCUCUACAUGUAGCGUAACAUACUUUAAUGAAUAUAAACCACAACAUAAUGUGGUUUUUUUGUGCUAAAGUCGGUGUUUUCUCAUAAUAUCAGCUUUAAUAUUUGAGACGUAUUUCCUUGACUUUCAAAAUGAAACUUUUUUGGUGAUUUGGACUUCCAUACCUGUAUCUUCCAGGGGGUAUUUUCGCAUAAUGAUUAGGUAAAACGCAUUAUAUUAGUAUAUUCUGAAUGGCUUGUGUCUGUCCCUCCCUUAAAUCAAAUCGUUGUAAAUAUAUUUUCGUAGGCAAAUUGCGUGGAUAAGUUAUUUUUGUUAUGUUUUUUUCAUUUAUCAGAAUUUACGAAAAUUAUCAUCUCUCUAUAUUUUAAGGAUUCCUUUCUUAAUAUAAUUUGCAUAAUUUUUUUAUUGUAUGUAUGUAUGUAAUUCAAUGCAUAUGGCCGUAAUUUAUUAGAGUCGUUUGUUGGCAGUGUACGAAUAUUCGUAUUCAAAAUAAAACUAUAUUCAUAUUAUACGUAAAUUUUCAUACAUUUUGGAAUUAUUA